AUGGAGCAACCGGUUAUUCAGAUGCACCAGCAGCCGGUGCCGUCUCGACGACGGUUCGAACCUCUGAUGCCAUUCCACGCCCACCUCCGACCCGGACAGUUUGCCGCCCUCCAACAGCAACUCGACCUCCAGCAGCAACACCAACACCAACAUCAUCCGCAAACACACCAGCAACAUCCUUUCCCAACCCACAACCAGUACCUAUCCCAGAGCCGCGCCGUACGGUCACAACAAGGACAGCAAGCAGGGCCCUCCGGUCCUGCCCAGACCUUUCCCAUUCGAAGCUCGCACCCCGCCAGUCCCUCGACCAACGCACAGCCAGGCCAGCUGCUGAAUGCACAGCUUCACGGACAGAAUCGGCAUCCGUUUGCGUCGUCAUUGACCGUCAACCAUGAUCCGGAACACCAUUUACGUCGAAAAACGCCCAACGGAACGAUCGAUGCCGGCUACGACGGCUCUCCAGUUGGUCUCGCAACCGGCCCUCCGCCUUCCAAGCAAUUGGCUCUUCCCGCGACGCCUGCCAUAUUCCCAACACCGUUCGUCCAACAGUCAGGAUCGGCUCCGGACGUACAAUCGCAGCAGGGCUUCUCACGGACGCCAGCAGCAGCAGCAGCCUUCCUGGGUCAGACUGGGGAAAUCCAACAACUUUCUGCGCCUGUCGCUGGUCGGCAGUUUCUGGUAGGGAACAAUACAACACCACUCGCCACCGCCGUUGCGACCGCCGCGUCAGCAAAUUUCGACAAUGCAAUGGUCAAUCAGGCCGCCCAGAUACAACCAGGACUGUCGUUCGCUCAGCAGCUUCCAAACAAUGGCGGCUUCAACCCAAUCAACAACCCCACCAUGCAGCCUGUCUUUGCACCGGCAUAUCAGCCAACACCCGGACCGACGUCGUUUAACACAUCCAGCUUCGACCGGCAAUCCCUUUGGCCUGACAGCGUGCUGCUGCAGGGUUAUCAGCCGCAUCUUCAGCAGCUGCUGCAACAGCAGCAACUGCAAGCACACAUGUUCCCGUUCGCCAACAUGAGUAACCUCAACACGGGUGCUGGCAGCCUGAACGGUAACAUCGCCACCAAUAACAAUGGUCUCGUCGGCAACUACGGCUUUGUUCCGCAAAACAUUGCAUGCGACAGCGCGUUUAUAUCUGCUGCCCAACCCAUGUUUUCUCCACCAGGCCUCAACAAUGAUGGUAUGCAGCAAACGGCCAUGCCCGGACAGCAAGCUGCGUUCCAGCUUUCUUCGUCCGUCCCACAACGGCACUCGGGCAUGAACAUGCACCCUCUCAGCAUGCACGGACAGGAACAUAUCAGCCUCGAAAACCUCGACACUCGGCCACCUGGCGUCCUGCCCCACUUGAUGCAUGCUGUGGGGUUGACUCCGGGCUCGGCUCCGCCGAUGGGGGCGGAUAUGCCGGCACACAUUAAGGAUGCGACCUUGAAAUUUGCCGAGGCCACAUACGCCAAUCUUGUCUUGCAUCUUUCACAGACAAAGAAGUCAUUCAAUGGACGGCCACUUCCCAAUCUCCAUGCACGACCCAAGCCAGCAGCUGUUUCCAGACUAGAGCAGCUCAAGCAGUUGCAGCUCAAGCACAGACAGGCACAGCAAGUCGAAUCGCAAGGUCUGGCAUCCGACAAUGCCGGCCAAGACCAGUUUGCCGCGGCCAGAGCAGCGAUGGGCGGGAACCAGAUGCAGAACUUCCGGUCCCCUAUGCGUACACCGUACGGUGACCGGAACGCCCAAAAUCGCAGGGACGCGUUUGACAUGCAUGCGCCGCUGGUUCUGCAAGCCAGGGACGUGCUCACACUCCUGUCCACAAUUUGUGAAGGAAGUGGCUGGAAAUGGGUCGAAGGGAUGAAUCUCGGCGCUUGCCUCCACUAUGCUCUGGAGCACUUCGAGCAAGCUUUUGAGUGGUUCAAGAGAGUCUUCGCUCUGCAGCCGACCCAUGUCGAAGUGUUGUCCAACAUUGCCGCGACCCUCUUCUGCAUGGGUCGUCGCGACGAGGCCAUCAAAUACUGGCUGCGUGCUAUCCACUCCAAGCCCAGCUAUUUUGACUCCUCUGAGCAUCUCAUCGGCAUCCUCUCCACGGAGCACCGGCACCGCGAGAUCGUGGAGAUUGUCAACUAUGUACAAAACACCCUACGUCUUCCAAACCACAGCGCUGCUACCCCGGCCGAUAAUUCCUCGACCGGGGGCGGAACCGCAAAGCGGGCCGACCUGGAAAACGACGUCGCUCCUGACGCGGCACCGUCUGCUGCUCGACCGGGCGACUCGUCCGAAACAGCAUCUGAAGACAUUCCGAUGGUGUCCAAGGAUACGUCGAGUCCUGACACAUCGCAGGCUGGCUUUGGCUCCUGCGGCUACGCCAUCCCUGGCCAUGACACUGGUCGUAUGCUGGGUCUUCUCCACGCCAAGGCUAACAGCCUCUACUUAAUGAAGGAGAUGGUUGCUGCGUCGGAAGCCUACGAAGAGUGUGUGCUGGUUGGCGUCGGCCGCCAUUUCCGCAGUAUCCAGAACCUGAUCCAGCGAAUUCGCACCGCCCUCUCGCCCGAAGCACCUCAAUCUAGCCCUCGGUCGUACUUCUCCCGACCAUCAUCCGGCCCUCCCCUUCUGGCUCCCGAAGUGGCCAAACUCACGGCUCGGCGAACAUUUCCAUACACCAACGGCCAGUUACCAGGAUUGCGUUACGUUUUGGGCUAUCAGCACAAAAAGGCUGCCUUGACGGCCACGAGCAAUGCCCUACUGUCCAUGGCCAAAAUUCUACAGGACGGCAUGGCAAGUAACGGCUGCCUAGCUCAGGGCUCAAACGGUCAGUCAACAGCAGUCGGCGACAUCUUGUCGCUAUACUAUUUGUCAAUGUCCAUCCAGGAAAGCCCGUCUACAGCAAACAAUGUCGGCAUUCUUCUUGCCAGCAUUCAGCAAACGACCGCCGCAAAGCCCGCACAUGUGCAAAAACAAAUCAAACAGAUACAGAAUGUACCCCAACAGCCACAGCAGCAGCAGCAGCAACAGCAAGUUCAAAUUGCACGCAGACACUCACACCAACCGACUGCUGCCAGUACGACACCGACUACGCCCAACGCCAUCCCGUCCGGCAUUCCCCCGGAUAGCAGUCUAGCGCUGGCCUUCACUUACUACAGCUACGGCUUGCAGCUCGAUCCAAAGCACGUGCAUCUCCACACGAACCUAGGUAGCCUGUUGAAGGAUGUCGGGCAGUUGGAUCUUGCUAUCAAGAUGUACGAGCAAGCUGUGGCAUGCGACGGCAAAUUCGAUAUUGCUCUCACGAACUUGGCCAAUGCUGUGAAGGACCGAGGUCGCUCCGGCGAAGCCAUAGCGUACUAUCGCCGUGCUGUCGCAGCCAACCCAGAGUUCACCGAGGCCGUCUGUGGUCUGUCCACAGCACUCAAUUCGGUCUGUGAUUGGGCCGGUCGUGGCGGUGUGGUGCUCUACGGUGGCCGUUACGACCGCUGGCAUGUCGACGAUGAAGGGAUGCUGCAAGAUGUCCGCCAAUAUGGCCGCGGCAGUGGUCUCAUGAAACGCGUCGUGGACAUUGUGGCUCGCCAGCUCAACGAGGCUUCCUUGUGGGGUCGCGGUGUCCUUCACGAGAGCUCUGUCGCCAUGCUCGCCUGCCAAAUGAAGGAGGCCAUGGGCACAGCGGACCGAAACACAACGGUCAAGGGUGACGCCGUUGAUGUCACAGCUGAGCUGCAAAAGUGGGCCGGCCAGCCCUGGGAGGGCUCGCGUGUGCUUCGUCUAAUCGAGCGAGCCACGCGAGUCGUCAUGUACCGCUGGUACUGCGAUCGUUACAUUCGCGGCAAAGAAUCACCCAAUGGAUACUCGAGGCCUCGGCCACCCGCGAGCCUUGCCGUGCCGGGCGCUCCGACCGUGCUUCCCUUCCACACCUUCACCUGCCCGCUACCAGCCAAAGAAGUUCGCCUUAUCUCGCAGCGGAAUGCCCUCCGAAUCUCAUGCAACACGCUGCGGUCUCCGUGGCUCUCCGGCACGGUCUACCCACCGCCAGCUCCUCCGCGGCCCCAGCUCAACGUCGGCUACAUCUCGUCCGACUUUAAUAACCAUCCUCUGGCUCACUUGAUGCAGUCCGUCUUUGGGUUUCAUAAUCCCACUCGGGCCAAAGCGUUUUGCUACGCAACUACGCCGAGCGACAAGUCUCCCUACCGGGAAAAGAUUGAGCGCGACUCGCCGGUCUUCCGGGAUGUGACCAACUGGCCCCCAGAGCGCGUGAUCCAGCAGAUCAUCCAGGAUGGCAUCCACAUCCUGGUCAAUCUGAACGGAUACACCCGUGGUGCCAAGAACGAGAUUUUUGCGGCCCGGCCGGCGCCAAUUCAGAUGGCCUUUAUGGGGUUCGCCGGCACGCUAGGCGCUGAAUGGUGCGACUACCUCCUUGCCGAUACCACGGCAGUCCCACCGUCCACACUGCGGCCCUGGCGUGGCAAUGUUAGCGUUGGCGAUGUGUUCCGUGACGAGGCCGACGUCGAUACGGAGAAGUGGAUCUAUGCCGAGAACAUUAUCUACUGCCGCGACACGUUCUUCUGUUGUGACCACAAGCAAUUUGCCGAUGCCAGCGAGCGUACCGUGACGUGGCAAGACGAGAAGCAGCGGCGUUGGAAGAUGCGAAAGGAGAUGUUCCCCAGUCUGUCGGACGAUGCGAUCAUUCUCGGGAACUUCAACCAGCUCUACAAGAUCGAUCCGACCACGUUCCGCAGCUGGCUGCGCAUUCUCGCUGGCGUGCCCAACGCUGUCCUUUGGCUGCUCAGGUUCCCUGAUCUGGGCGAGCCGAACAUCCGAAAGACGGCGCUCAAAUGGGCAGGCAAGAGUGUCGCAGACCGCAUCAUCUUCACCGACGUUGCGCCAAAGGCACUGCACAUCAACCGGGCCCGUAUCUGUGAUGUCUUCCUUGACACGCCGGAGUGCAAUGCCCACACGACAGCCGCCGACGCGCUAUGGUCCAGCACGCCUCUCUUGACCUCGCCGCGCUAUGAUUACAAGAUGUGCUCGCGCAUUGGCGCAUCAGUCCUCAAGGGCGCGCUGCCCAAAGAUGCCGCUGGACAGCAAGCAGCAGCCGAGUUGAUUGCCGAGGACGACGACCAGUACGAAAAGAUGGCCAUCAAACUGGCCAGCGGCAUGGCCUACCGCCAAGUCGCUUGCGCCAACGGUGUUGGGACCUAUGGCGAAGGCGAGGGUCGUCUUGCCGACCUCCGCAAGAUGCUCUGGGACCACAAGUGGGAGUGCGGCCUCUUCGAUACUCGCCGAUGGGUGAGAGACCUCGAAGAUGCCUAUACCGAGGCGUGGCGCAAGUGGGCGAACGGCGAGCGCGGGGACAUCUACCUCUGA